CGGACUCUGAACCCAAUAUCAAGUUUCUCAGGUACAGGACGACAAUGAAGCGGCGGCGGGUGCAGAAGGCUCUGAGAUGUACGUAUUCGUGUUUGUCAUCAUGCGGAUAAUAUUAAAGUUAAUUAAUUGGCCAAUUGAGUUACCAUGGAGGGGGAUGUAAAGCCAAAGGUCAUGUGGAUGGUGAGGCAUCUCAACAUGGUCAACUCCAGGACCAGUAGUAGCUUUAUCGUCCACAGGUCCAGCACGUCUCCUCUCUCAUCUCCUCCUCAUCCUCCCUUCCCAACUGACUAGGGCUACCCUGACCAGGAGUUAGCCUGCGGACACGUUUGCACAGGCGGCUGCUCACAUCCUUUUCAUGCGCUCUCCCAUUCACGCUCUCGCUUUCUCUCCGUUCAAAAUCCUCCCCCCCCUCUCGUCCACUCCGAACGGGGAAAAUGGCCUGCGGAAAGACACAGCAUUGAACGCAUGCUGAAAAAGAUAGACUUCCUCCCUCUCUCUCUCUUCUCUCCUCUCUCUCUCUAUCUCUUUAUAACUUCUCUAUUUUUUCCCUCUUGCACUCCUAUUCGGGUGCUGGUUGCUAGUCGGAUGGCAUUAGGAUAGUAUUGCCAGGCUGACCUUAGUAACUACCAAAAAAAAAGUAUUCUAUAUCUCUCUCCUACUCUCUUCUCUCUCAUCUCUCUCUUACUCAUCUAUCCUCUAUCUCUCUCGAUCUCCUCUCCUCUACUCUCUCUCUCUCUCUCUCUUUCUCUUUCUCUUUCUCUCUCUUCGCUCUUUCAGGGUUGGGAGAGGCGAGGAGAUGUAUCUCCUCGUAUCCAGCCUCUCUAUCAGUAUGGAUUGGGAGGCUCUACAAAAGCACUUCUAAAAAUGACUUAGAGAAGUGUCUCCUCCUCUGAAAACUAACCCACUCCAGCCCACGUGUCCUCUACACUCCACCCUAAACCACGCAGCCGUAUGUUAUAUACCCCUCCAAACCCUAACCAUUCAAGAAAUGGUCUCUCCCCUCCCAACACUAAACCCUCCAGCAAGGUUUUUCCCCUCCAAACCUAACCCAGCGCCAAUGUUCCUCUCCCCUCCACAACUAAACCCCUCCGCCCUGUCAUCUCCCUCUCCAAACCUAACCCACUCAAGCCAUGUACCCUACCCUCCAACGCUAACCCAAUCCACCCAUGUCUAUCCCCUCCCAACCCCUAACCCCACUCCAGCAUGUUCUCCCUCCCAACCCCUAAUACCACUCCCAGCCAUUGUCGUCUCCGCUCCCAACCUAACCCACUCAGACAUUCCUCUACAUCCUCCCCAAAGCUAACCCACUACGAAAGGGCCCUGUCCUCCCAUCCAACCCUAACCCAAUCCAGCCAGUCUCUCCCUCAAAAACCUAACCCAUACAAGCACAUGGUCCUCUCCACCCGCAACACUAACCCAGCCAGCCAUGUACUUCCACUACCCCAACCCUAACCACUCCAGCCAGUUUCUCCCUCCAAAACCUAACCCACUCCAGCAUGUCCUCUCCCCUCCCAACCCUAACCCACUCCAGCACAUUUGUCCUCCCCCUCCCAACCCUAACCCACUCCAGCUGCUCUACCCCCAACCCUAACCCCUCAAGCCAUGUCUCCCCUCCCAAACAUAACCAUCCAGCCAUGUCUAUCCCCUCCAACCCUAAACCCACUACAGCAUGUCUCCCCCUCCAACCUACCCACUCCAGCCAUGUCCUCUCCCCUCCCCCUGAACGCCUAAACCCCUCCAGCCAUGUACUAUCCCCUCCCAACCCUAACCCACCAGCCAAUGUCCUCUCCACAUGCCCCACCCUAACAGCAGCCAGUCCUCUCCCCCCCAACGACUAACCCACGCCAGCCAUCGUCUCUCCCCUCCCAACCCUAAACCCACUCCAGCAAGGUCCUCCCGUCCCCCCAUCUCCUAACCCUAACCCACUGCCAGCAUGGGGUCCUCUCCCCCUCCAACCCUAAACCACUCCAGCCAUUGUCCUAUCACCUCCAACCGAACCCACUCCAGCCAGUCCUCCACUCCAACCCUAACCGAACUCAGCCAGUCCUCUCCCUUACCAACGCUUAACCACCCUCUCAGCCAUUGUCCUCUCCCCUCCAACGCUCAACCACUCCAGCCAUGUCCUCUCCCCUCCCAACCCUAACCCACUCCAGCCAUGUCCUCUCCCCUCCCAACCCUAACCCGCUCCAGCCAUGUCCUAUCCCCUUCCCAACCCUAAACCCACUCCAGGCCAUGUCCCUUCCCCUCCCACCCUGAAACGCCACUCAGCCAUUUGUCCUCUCCCAUCCCAACCCGAACCCACUCCAGCCAUGGCCUCUCCCCUCCCAACCAUACACCACUCCAGCCAUGUCACUCGCCCCCUCGCAAACCCUAACCACCAGCCAAAUUAGUCCUGCUCCCCUCCAAACCACUAACCGAACUCCAGCCAUGUCCUCCCCCUCCCAACCCUAACCCACUCAAGCCAUGUCCUCUCCCCUUCCAACCCUAAAAACACUCAGCCAUGUCCUCUCCCAUUCCCAACCCUAACCCACUCCAGCAUUCUCCGUGCUUGCACUCAUUAGCUCCGGCGAUCCAUCAAAUCUGUCAUUAGAGGACACCCUUUUAUGUUCAGUUCUCUGCCCAGCCUGGGAUGGCCAUUCAAAUUAGUUUGGGUUGGCGCCUUCGCAACAUCUGUCAGCGCUUAAGUGGGGGGAAAAGGUGAAUAAGCAUUCUCUCCUUCACUCUCCUGUCCCUGGUGGUUUGUGUGUGUGUGUGUUUGUGUGUGUGUCUGUGUGUGUGUGUGUGUGUGUGUGUGUGUGUGUGUGUGUGUGUGUGUGUGCGUCCAUCCAGUGGACCUGCUGAGGCUGGUGAGUGUGGUGGACGUGUUCAGGGAGCAGGAUCUGCAGCAUGGGGAACAUGUGAUGGAUGUGGUGGAGAUGAUCCAUGCCCUGACCGGCCUGUACGAGAGACUGGAGGAGGAGAGGAGGGCCAUCGUGGUCAACAUCCCUCUCUGUGUGGACAUGUGUCUCAACUGGCUGCUCAACGUCUACGACAGGUACUACUGACCACUACUGACCUUUAACCUUGGCCCCUGACCCUUUGACCCUAAACCUUACAUGACCUCAACGAGACUAGGUCAUGUGUUGCAACUGGCUGCUCAACGUCUACAACAGGUACUACUGACCACUGACCUUAAACCUUGCCCCCUUGCCCCCUUGCCCCCUGACCCUAAACCAUACAUGACCUCAACAAGACCAGAUCAUGUUUUUUAACUGGCUGCUCAAUGUGUCAAUGUCUCUUGGACAUCACUGAGGACACAUAGCAACACAUUACCUCACCUCAUAUUAUCUUUGAGGGGUUGGAAAUGUGGGUUUAGACAUAAAGUUUAAUCCUCACCUAAUUAGUGACUGUUCAUGCCACUUGUGUUGUUAGCUACUUGUAAGUGCCACUCUAAAAUACUAUGUUCUAAUGAACCAAAUAACUCUGUUUUUGUCAGUUCUAUUUCAUAUACAGCACUAUUAUAUCUGGGACACUGCCAUUGACAUUACUGCCAAUAUACAGUACCAGUCAAAAGUUUGGACACACCUACUCAUUCAAGGGUUCUUCUUUAUUUUUAAAAUGUUCUACAUUGUAGAAUAAUAGUGAAGACAUCAAAACAAUGAAGUAACACAUAUGGAAUCAUGUAGUAACCCAAAAAGUGUUAAACAAAUCAAUUUAUACAGUUGAAGUCGGACGUUCACAUACACCUUAGCCAAAUACAAUUAAACUCAAUUUUUCACAAUUCCUGACAUUUAAUCCUAGUAAAAAUUCUCUAUCUUAGGUCAGUUAGGAUCACCACUUUAUUUUAAGAAUGUGAAAUGUCAGAAUAAUAGUAGAGAGAAUGAUUUAUUUCAGCUUUUAUUUAUUUCAUCACAUUCCCAGUGGGUCAGAAGUUUACAUACACUCAAUUAGUAUUUGGUAACAUUGCCUUUAAAUUGUUUAACUUGGGUCAAACGUUUCGGGUAGCCUUCCACAAGCUUCCCACAAUAAGUUGGGUGAAUUUUGGCCCAUUCCUCCUGACAGAGCUGGUGUAACUGAGUCAGGUUUGUAGGCCUCCUUGCUCGUACACAUUUUUCAGUUCUGCCCACAUAUUUUCUAUAGGAUUGAGGUCAAGGCUUUGUGAUGGCCACUCCAAUAACUUGACUUGUUGUCCUUAAGCCAUUUUGCCACAACUUUGGAAGUUUGCUUGGGGUCAUUGUCCAUUUGGAAGACCCAUUUGCGACCAAGCUUUAACUUCCUGACUAAUGUCUUGAGAUGUUGCUUCAAUAUAUCCACAUCAUUUUCCUUAAUCAUGAUUCCAUCUAUUUUGUGAAGUGCACCAGUCCCUCCUGCAGCAAAGCACCCCCACAGCAUGAUGCUGCCACCCCCGUGCUUCACUGUUGGGAUGUUGUUCUUCGGCUUGCAAGCCACCCCCAGUUUCCUCCAAACAUAACGAUGGUCAUUAUGGCCAAACAGUUCUAUUUUUGUUUCAUCAGACCAGAGGACAUUUCUCCAAAAAGUACGAUCUUUGUCCCCAUAUGCAGUUGCAAAACGUAGUCUGGCUUUUUUAUGGCAGUUUUGGAGCAGUGGCUUCUUCCUUGCUGAGCGGCCUUUCAGGUUAUGUCGAUAUAGGACUCGUUUUACUGUGGAUAUAUAUACUUUUGUACCUGUUUCCUCCAGCAUCUAUACAAGGUCCUUUGCUGUUGUUCUGGGGUUGAUUUGCACUUUUCGAACCAAAGUACGUUCAUCUCUAGGAGACAGAAUGCGUCUCCUUCCUGAGCGGUAUGACGGCUGUGUGGUCCCAUGGCGUUUAUACUUGGCUAGGCCUUGAAAUACAUCUACAGGUACACCUCCAAUUGACUGAAAUUAUGUCAAUUAGCCUAUCAGAAGCUUCUAAAGCCAUGACAUAAUUUUCUGGACUUUUCCAAGCUGUUUAAAGGCAACCUAAGUGUAUGUAAACUUCCGACUUCAACUGUAUUUUAUAUUUGAGAUUCUUCAAAUAGUCACCCUUUGCCUUUAUGACAGCUUUGCACACUCUUGGCAUUCUCUCAACCAGCUUUUCCAACAGUCUUGAAGGAGUUCCCACAUAUGGUGAGCCACUGUUGGCUGCUUUUCCUUCACUCUGCCGUCCGAUUCAUCCCAAACCAUCUCAAUUGGGUUGAGGUCGGGGGAUUGUGGAGGCCAGGUCAUCUGAUGCAGCACUCCAUCACUCUGCUUAUUGGUCAAAUAGCCCUUACACAGCCUGGAGGUGUGUUGGGUCAUUGUCCUGUAGAAAAACUGAGCCCAAACCAGAUGGGAUGGCGUAUCACUGCAGAAUGCUGUGGUAGCCAUGCUGGUUAAGUGUGCCUUGAAUUCUAAAUAAAUCACAGACAGUGUCACCAGCAAAGCACCCCCCACACCAUAACACCUCCUCCCCCAUGCUUUACGGUGGGAACUACACAUGCGGAGAUCAUCCGUUCACCCACACCGCAUCUCACAAAGACACGGUGGUUGGAACCACAAAGGACACAUUUCCACCUGUCUAAUGUCCAUUGCUUGUGUUUCUUGGCCCAAGCAGGUAUAUUCUUCUUAUCGGUGUCCUUUAGUAGUGGUUUCUUUGCAGCAAUUCAACCAUGAAGGCCUGAUUCACACAGUCCCCUCUGAACAGUUGUUGUUGAGAUGUGUCUGUUACUUGAACUCUGUGAGGAUUUAUUUGGGCUGCAAUUUCUGAGGCUGGUAACUGUAAUGAACUUACCCUUUGCAGCAGAGGUAACUCUGGGGCUUCCAUUCCUGUGGCGGUCCUCAUGAGAACCAGUUUCAUCAUAGCGCUUGAUGAUUUUUGUGACUGCACUUGAAGAAACUUUCAAAGUUCUUGAAAUGUUCCGUAUUGACUGACCUUCAUGUCUUAAAGUAAUGAUGGACUGUUGUUUAUUUUUGCUUAUUUGAGUUGUUCUUGCCAUAAUAUGGACUUGGUCUUUUACCAAAUAGGGCUAUCUUCUUUAUACCUUGUCACAACACAACUGAUUGGCAUUUAGAAGGAAAGAAAUUCCACAAAUUAACACCUUUUUGGUUACUACAUGAUUCCAUAUGUGUUAUUUUAUAGUUUUGAUGUCUUCACUAUUAUUCUACAAUGUAAAAAAUAGCACAAAUAAAGAAAAACCCUUGAAUGAGUAGGUGUGUCCAAACUUUUGACUGGUACUGUAUAUGUAACCUCUCACAUAUCCUUGUCCAAAUUCACCCUGUCUCCACCUCGCAAGUAUAAAACCCUUUUCCCACAAUCAAGGACCAUCACGCUCUGCUACUCCAGUGCUCUGAUUGGUCGAGAGUCCUCUCAGCGGGGCGUCUCAUUGGUGAAGUAGGCUGUGUGGCUGGGAGGCUGUGUCGUGAGUAAGAUCACAAAGAGGCUAUAGCUCAGUCAAGCUGGCUGACGUCCAAUCAGGGCAACUGAGACCCAGUAGAAAGCAUAAACAGUUUGAUUCUGACUGCCUGUCUCUCUCUGCCAACUGCCAAGCCCUCCACAGAAUCCAAGAGGCUCAAUUUCCGGCGAACAUGAAAGAAAUAGAGAAAAAAGAAACAGCCCCAUUGUUUUCUUAACGCCAUACAUUUAUUUUGUGGCCCUUAGCUACCUGCUGCUAAUGAGUGGAAAUCAGCAUUUUUAUCCUCCACAUACAUUUCCUGUAAUUGCUUUUUUAUUUUCCGAUAAAUGCCGGAUGUGAAUGUAAAUGAGCUGAGCGUGCAGUGUCAAAUCAAUUCAAAUCGAAUUAAAUGUUAUUUGUCACAUGCUCCGAAUACAACAGCUGUAGACCUUACCGUGAAAUGCUUACUUACAAUGAAUAUUUUUUUUUAAGUAAGUAAGAAAAUAUUUUCUAAAAAAAUAUAUAUAUAAAAAAAUAUAAAAAAAAGUAAGAAAAAAAGUACAACAAUAAAAUAACAAUAAGGAGGCUAUAUACAGGGGGUACCGGUACCGAGUCAAUGUGCAGGGGUACAGGUUAGUCGAGGUAAUUGAGGUAAUUUGUACAUGUAGUUAGAGGUAAAUUGACUAUGCAUAGAUAAUAAACAGCGAGUAGCAGCAGCGUAUAAAAGGGGGUCAAUGCAAAUGAAGUGUGUGUGUGUGUUUGUUUGUAGUGUGUGUGCAGUGUGAGUGGUAUGAGGUCUCCCCACAGACUGCUAGGGAGUGUUUUCUUCUCAGUAUUACUAAAGAGACAACGAAAGCAGGUUUCUUCCCCACUCUUUUCUACGGUUAUUUUGGAGAGUGGGUUUGUCCGAGCACUUUUGAUUCAGGAGAAGUGUGUGUGUGUGCGUUUGUUUGCAUGUGCACAUGCUUGUGUGUGCGUGUGUGUCUUUAGCUCCUCCGAGGGCAUGUCACACUCUUUGGGUGUGUGGGGAGUGACACGUCCCACGGGGUGAGGUGCUGGGGGCGCAUAUUGAAGAUGACACACAGUGUGUGACAGGUGCUGACUCGCUUCCCUCCCCCUGUCUCCCCCUACCUCCCCCUGUCUCCCCCUACCUGCCCUUGUCUCCCCUGUCUCCCCCUACCUCCCCCUGUCUCCCCCUACCUCCCCCUGUCUCCCCCUAACUGCCCCUAUCUCCCCCUGUCUCCCCCUACCUCCCCCUGUCUCCCCCUACCUCCCCCUGUCUCCCCCGUCUCCCCCUACCCCCCCUGUCUCCCCAAACCUCCCCCUGUCUCCCCCUACCUCCCCUGUCUCCCUCUGUCUCCCCCAUCUCCCCCUACCUCCCCCUGUCUCCCUCUGUCUCCCCCUGUCUCCCCCUACCUCCCCCUGUCUCCCCCAGUCCCCCCUGUCUUCCCCUACCUCCCCCUACCUCCCCCUACCUCCCCCUGUCUCCCCCUACCUCCCCCUGGUCUUCCCCUACCUCCCUCUGUCUCCCCUGUCUCCCCCUGCCUCCCCCUACCUCCCCCUGUCUCUUUCUGCCUCCCCCUAGGUCUCCCCCUGCCUCUCCUAGGUCUCUCCCUGUCUCCCCCUGCCUCUCCUAGGUCUCCUCCUGCCUCUCCUAGGUCUCCCCCUGCCUCUCCUAGGUCUCCCCCUACCUCUCCUAGGUCUCCCCCUGCCUCUCCUAGGUCUCCCCCGCCUCCCACUAGGACUCCUCUAGGUCUCCUUGGCACAUUGUAACAGUGACUAUAAUGACAGGGAAUGGCAGUAAUGUUCUCUCAGCGACUAAUGUUUACCCACUGACUCAAAUAUUAUCAUAGAGGAUUGCUACAAAGCUCCAUCCACCCCGAUGACUCCCACUGACUCUAAUAUGAUCUCCUGACUCCUGUGUUAAGGCAGUGACUAUAUGCCUCUCUGUCUCUCACACUGACAUUGACUACUGUCUCUAAUGUUCUUUCACUGACUCUAAUCCCUUCCAUCUGACUAUAAUGUGUCAAGGCAGAGAAAAGCAAAGCAGCAAAGCUCCCAACUAAAGCCAGUAACAGCAGCCCUGUCCUUCCCCUGCCUCUAGUGGCAGAGCGUCCCUGUGCCUCCCAGACACACAGAUAUAAUGUAACCCAUUUAGGUCAGGUCCCGGCUUUCCCAGUCCCAACCCAACUCUGUGGCCUUGCCAUUGGCCAGAGAACACUGUUUAUUCAGCUGAAUGGAUCUGUUCCUGCCUUUACUUGUCAUCCGAUAGUUUUGUCAGUGUAAUGGCUUAGUUUAUGUAUCUGUUUGUUCUGGCAUAUUGCUCUACUUUUCAUGUGCCCCUCAGUGUGAAACCCUAACCAUGUCACUAUGACUUUUAUAGUAAUCUAUCUACAGUGAGGGAAAAAAGUAUUUGAUCCCCUGCUGAUUUUGUACGUUUGCCCACUGACAAAGACAUGAUCAGUUUAUAAUUUUAAUGGUAGGUUUAUUUGAACAGUGAGAGACAGAAUAACAACAAAGACAUUCAGAAAAAAGCAUGUCAAAAAUGUUAUAAAUUGAUUUGCAUUUUAAUGAGGGAAAUAAGUAUUUGACCCCUCUGCAAAACAUGACUUAGUACUUGGUGGCAAAACCCUUGUUGGCAAUCACAGAGGUCAGACGUUUCUUGUAGUUGGCCACCAGGUUUGCACACAUCUCAGGAGGGAUUUAGUUCCUCUCCUCUUUGCAGAUCUUCUCCAAGUCAUUAAGGUUUCGAGGCUGACGUUUGGCAACUCAAACCUUCAGCUCCCUCCACAGAUUUUCUAUGGGAUUAAGGUCUGGAGACUGGCUAGGCCACUCCAGGACCUUAAUGUGCUUCUUCUUGAGCCACUCCUUUGUUGCCUUGGCCAUGUGUUUUGGGUCAUAUUCAUGCUGGAAUACCCAUCCACAACCCAUUUUCAAUGCCCUGGCUGAGGAAAGGAGGUUCUCACCCAAGAUUUGACGGUACAUGGCCCCGUCCAUCGUCCCGUUGAUGCGGUGAAGUUGUCCUGUCCCCUUAGCAGAAAAACACCCCCAAAGCAUAAUGUUUCCACCUCCAUGUUUGACGGUGGGGAUGGUGUUCUUGGGGUCAUAGGCAGCAUUCCUCCUCCUCCAAACACGGCGAGUUGAGUUGAUGCCAAAGAGCUCGAUUUUGGUCUCAUCUGACCACAACACUUUCACCCAGUUCUCCUCUGAAUCAUUCCAGAUGUUCAUUGGCAAACUUCAGAUGGGCCUGUAUAUGUGCUUUCUUGAGCAGGGGGACCUUGCAGGCGCUGCAGGAUUUCAGUCCUUCACGGCGUAGUGUGUUACCAAUUGUUUUCUUGGUGACUAUGGUCCCAGCUGCCUUGAGAUCAUUGACAAGAUCCUCCCGUGUAGUUCUGGGCUGAUUCCUCACCGUUCUCAUGAUCAUUGCAACUCCACAAGAUGAGAUCUUGCAUGGAGCCCCAGGCCGAGGGAGAUUGACAGUUCUUUGGUGUUUCUUCCAUUUGCGAAUAAUCGCACCAACUGUUGUCACCUUCUCACCAAGCUGCUUGGCGAUGGUCUUGUAGCCCAUUCCAGCCUUGUGUAGGUCUACAAUCUUGUCCCUGACAUCCUUGGAGAGCUCUUUGGUCUAGGCCAUGGUGGAGAGUUUGGAAUCUGAUUGAUUGAUUGCUUCUGUGGACAGGUGUCUUUUAUACAGGUAACAAGCUGAGAUUAGGAGCACUCCCUUUAAGAGUGUGCUCCUAAUUUCAGCUCGUUACCUAUAUAAAAGACACCUGGGAGCCAGAAAUCCUUCUGAUUGAGAGGGGGUCAAAUACUUAUUUCCCUCAUGAAAAUGCAAAUCAAUUUAUAAAAUUUUUGACAUGCGUUUUUCUGGAUUUGUUUGUUGUUGUUCUGUCUCUCACUGUUCAAAUAAACCUACCAUUAAAAUUAUAGACUGAUCAUUUUUUUGUCAGUGGGCAAACGUACAAAAUCAGCAGGGGAUCAAAUACUUUUUUCCCCCUCACUGUAUCUAUCUCUCUCUCUCUCUCUCUCUCUCUCUCUCUCUCUCUCUCUCUCUCUCUCUCUCUCUCUCUCUCUCUUUUUCUCUUCUCUUUUCUCUCUCUCUCUCUCUCUCUCUCUCUCUCUCUCUCUCUCUCUCUUCUCUCCUCUCUCUCUCUCUCUCUCUCUCUCUCUCUCUCUAUCUCUCUAUCUAUCUAUCUAUCUAUCUAUCUAUCUAUCGAUCCAAGAUGGCAUAGCAGUGCGGUCGUGUUCUUUGUUGUGUGUCUGUGUAAAUAGCCUGUUUUUUGUAUUUUUCGUACAUAUUUCCAUAUCACACUUUUCAUCCUUCUACAAAAUAUACUUUCCUGCAAGCCGCCUCAUUCAAUGUGGAACGGAUUCUGUUAUUGACUUACCUUUUAUCUAGAAUAUCCAGUUGAUACCAGCUAGCCAGCUAACGAGCUACUUGCUAUUAGCCACCGUUAGCGGUUUUCACCCAGAACAUCGGAUUUUCUGCCGGAAUAACUGAAUCACUGGACAUUAACACCGGAUCGCAACUAGCUAGCCACAACCAAAUUGGAUGUUGCUGUUGGCUAAUCACCACUGCCCUUGAAGCAAGCACCAGUUAGCCUUGAGCCAGGCCCAUAUCCCGGCUAUCUACCUCUCUGUCUACCGGAUGGGAGUAGCCAGCUAACUAGCUACUUGCCAUUAGCCACCGCUAGCGGUUUCUCACCAUUGUCCGUGGCCUGCACUACCUACCAGCCAGCUCUAGCCUGGACUAUUAUCCGCCUGUCUGCACAGCGCGUUAUCGACCCAGAACAUAUCGGUUUUUCUGCUGGAAUCACUGAUUCACUGGACCUUUAACACCGGAUCAUCGUAGCUAGAUAGCUGCAAUCAAAUGGACGUUGUUGUUGGCUAAUCAGCCUCGAGCUAGCCACAAGCCAGGCCCUUCUCCCGGCUAUCUACCUCUCUGUCAACCGGACGGGACCUCCUAGUGUUGACACGGAGCCCCGACGAUCCAACACGACUGGUCUGCCGACGAAAUCGUCUGAUGUGAUUACAACAGGUUUCCCGUUACGACGUCAACCACGAAGAUCCAUCUGCUGGCCCCGGCCCACUAGCACACGCUAGCCGUGGCCUCUUGCUCGCUAGUGCUCUAGCAGCCCCCGAACUACCUCCGAACUCUCCUAUUGCUGUUCACCGGACCUUAUGAUAACUCAGCUAUACAGCUGAUGCCUGCUGGACUGUUCCUCUAUACAGUACCGCAUCCUGUUUAUGUUUAGCCUCAGCCCAAACUUUGUCGCCAUUACCAGCUGUUGUCUUAGCUCUCGAAUAACACCUGUGAUUGCUUUAUGCCUCUCUCCCAUUUCAAUAUGCCUUGCUUAUUGCUGUUUUGGUUAUUUCUUAUUGUACUAUUUCAUUGUAGAUCCCCCAGCCCAGCUCAACCUGCCAUAGAUAGCUCCUUUGUCCCACCCCCCAUACACACGGAGAUCGACUCAAUCGGUGCCUCCAGUGAUGCUAUCUCUUUCAUCGUUACCCAACGCUUAGGUUUACCUCCACUGUACUCAUAUCCUUCCAUAUCCUUUUCUGUACAUAAUGCCCUGAAUCUAUUCUACAACGGCCGGAAACCUGCCCCUUUUUUUCUCUGUAUCCAACGCACUAGAAGACUAGUACUUAAAGCCUUUAGCUGUAUCCGUAUUCUACUCCUCCUCUGUUCCUCUGGUGAUGUAGAGGUUAACCCAGGCCCUGUAGCCCCCAGUAUCACUCCUACUCCCCAGGCGUUAUCAUUUGUUGACUUCUGUAACCGUAAAAGCAUUGGUUUCUUGCACGUUAACAUCCGAGGCCUCCUCCCUAAGUUUGAGUUAUUCACUGCGUUAGCACAGAUGUCCUAGCAGUGUCUGAAUCCUGGCUUAGGAAGGCCACCAAAAAUUCAGAAAUAUCCAUCCCCAACUACAAAAUUUUCCGUCUCGAUAGAACUGCCAAAGGGGGUGGGGUUGCAAUCUACUGUAGAGAUAGCCUGCAGAGCUCUAUCGUACUAUCCAGGUCUGUACCCAAACAGUUUGAGCUUCUACUUCUAAUAAUCCACCUUUCCAGAAAUACUGUAAGUCUCUCACUGUUGCCGCUUGCUACAGACCCCCCUCAGCCCCAAGCUGUGCCCUGGACACCAUAUGUGAACUGAUUGCCCCCCAUCUAUCCUCAGAGUUCGUACUGCUUGGUGACCUAAACUGGGAUAUGCUUAACACCCCGGCCAACCUACAAUCUAAACUAGAUGCCCUCAAUCUCACACAAAUUAUCAACGAACCUACCAGGUACAAUCCUAAAUCUGGAAACAUGGGCACCCUCAUAGAUAUCAUCCUGACAAAUGUACCCUCUAAAUACACCUCCGCUGUCUUCAACCAGGAUCUCAGCGAUCACUGCCUUAUUGCCUGCGUCCGUAAUGGGUCUGCGGUCAAACGACCACCCCUCAUCACUGUCAAACGCUCCCUAAAACACUUUAGCGAGCAGGCCUUUCUAAUUGACCUGGCCCGGGUAUCCUGGAUGGAUAUUGACCUCAUUCCAUCAGUAGAGGAUGCCUCGUUGUUCUUUAAAAGUGCUUUCCUCUCAAUCUUAAAUAAGCAUGCCCCAUUCAAAAAAUUCAGAACUAAGAACAGAUAUAGCCCCUGGUUCUCCUCAGACUUGACUGCCCUUGACCAGCACAAAAACAUCCUGUGGCGUACUGCGUACUGCCCCCUCGAUAUGCAACUUUUCAGGGAAGUCAGGAACCAAUAUACACAAUCAGUUAGGAAAGCAAAGGCUAGCUUUUUCAAACAGAAAUGUGCAUCCUGUAGCACUAACUUGGGACACUGUAAAGUCCAUGGAAAAUAAGAGCACCUCCUCCCAACUGCCCAAUGCACUGAGGCUAGGAAACACUGUCACCACCGAUAAAUCUACAAUAAUCGAGAAUUUCAACAAGCCUUUUGCUACGGCUGGCCAUGCUUUCCACCUGGCUACCACUACCCCGGCCACCAGCUCUGUACCCUCCGCUGCAACUUGCCCAUGCCCCCCCCCCCCCCCCCCCCCCCCCCCCCCCCCCCCCCCCCCCCCCCCCUCUUCUUCACACAAAUUCAGACAGCUGAUGUUCUGAAAGAGCUGAAAAAUCUGGACCCCUACAAAUGAGCUGGGCUAGACAAUCUGGACCCUUUCUUUCUAAAAUUAGCCGCAGAAAUUGUCGCAACCCCUAUUUCUAGCCUGUUUAACCUCUCUUUCGUAACGUCUGAGAUCCCCAGAGAUUGGAAAGCUGCCGCGGUCAUCCCCCUCUUCAAAGGGGGUGACACUCUAGAUCCAAACUGUUACAGAUCUAUAUCCAUUCUGCCCUGCCUUUCGAAAGUAUUUGAAAGCCAAGUUAACAAACAGAUCAUCGACCAUUUCGAAUCCCACGUACCUUCUCCGCUAUGCAAUCCGGUUUCCGAGCUGGUCAUGGGUGCACCUCAGCCACGCUCAAGGUCCUAAACGAUAUUAUAACCGCGAUCGAUAAAAGACACUACUGCGCAGCCGUCAUCAUCGACCUGGCCAAGGCUUUCGACUCUGUCAACCACCGCAUUCUUAUUGGCAGACUAAAUAGCCUUGGUUUCUCUGAUGACUGCCUCACCUGGUUCACCAACUACUUCUCAGAUAGAGUUCAAUGUGUCAAAUCGGAGGGCCUGUUGUCUGGACCUCUGGCCGUCUCUAUGGGGGUGCCACAGGGUUCAAUUCUCGGGCUGACUCUAUUCUCUGUGUAUAUCAAUGAUGUUGCUCUUGCUGCUGGUGAAGCUCGGAUCCACCUCUAUGCGGACGACACCAUUUUGUAUACAUCUGGCCCUUCAUUGGACACUGUGUUAACAAACCUCCAGACGAGCUUCAACGCCAUACAACACUCCUUCCGUAGCCUCCAACUGCUCUUAAACACUAGUAAAACUAAAUGCAUGCUCUUCAACCGAACGCUGCUUGCACCCGCCCACCCGACUAGAAUCACUACUCUCGGCGGGUCUGACCUAGAGUAUGUGGACAACUACAAAUACCUAGGUGUCUGGUUAGACUGUAAACUCUCCUUCCAGACUCACAUUAAGCAUCUCCAAUCAAAAGUUAGAUCUAGAAUCGGCUUCCUAUUUCGCAACAAAGCCUCCUUCACUCAUGCUGCCAAACAUGCCCUCGUAAAACUGACUAUCCUACCGAUCCUUGACAUCGGCGAUGUCAUUUACAAAAUAGCCUCCAACACUCUACUCAGCAAAUUGGAUGUAGUCUAUCACAGUACCAUCCGUUUUGUCACCAAAGCCCCAUAUACUACCCACCAUUGUGACCUGUAUGCUCUUGUUGGCUGGCCCUCACUACAUAUUCGUCGCCAAACCCACUGGCUCCAGGUCAUCUAUAAAUCACUGCUAGGCAAAUCCCCAUCUUACCUUAGCUCACUGGUCACCAUAGCAACACCCACCCGUAGUCUGCGCUCCAGCAGGUAUAUGUCACUGGUCAUCCCCAAAGCCAACACCUCCUUUGGCCGCCAUUCCUUCCAGUUCUCUGCUGCCAAUGACUGGAACGAACUGCAAAAAUCUCUGAAGCUGGAGACUCUUAUCCCACUCACUAACUUUAAGCGUCAGUUGUCAGAGCAGCUUACCGAUCACUGCACCUGUACACAGCCAUUCUGAAAUUAGCCCACCCAACUACCUCACCCCAUAUUGUUAUUUAUUUUGCUAAUUUGCACCCCAGUAUCUCUAUUUGCACAUCAUCUUUUGCACAUCUAUCAUAAUAAUAAUAAUAUGCCAUUUAGCAGACGCUUUUAUCCAAAGCGACUUACAGUCAUGCGUGCAUACAUUUUUUUUUUGUGUAUGGGUGGUCCCGGGGAUCGAACCCACUACCUUGUUCCAGUGUUAAUACGAAAUUGUAACUAUUUUGCACUAUGGCCUAUUUAUUGCCUUACCUCCAUAACUUACUACAUUCGCACACACUGUAUAUAUAUUUUCUGUUUGUAUUUUUGACUUUAUGUUUUGUUUUACCCCAUAUGUAACUCUGUGUUGUUGUUAUUAUCGCACUGCUUUGCUUUAUCUUGGCCAGGUCGGAGUUGUAAAUGAGAACUUGUUCUCAACUGGCUUACCUGGUUAAAUAAAGGUGAAAUAAAUAAAAAUAUUUAUAUCUCUCUAGCUCUCUCUCUCUCUCUCUCUCUCUUUAUUCACGGGGCUUUUGCUACGAACUGUUAUGUGGGGAGGAGGAGACAGUGCAGCAUCUGUGGUGUUUUCUGUCCUGAGUGGGUGGUGUACAGGCUUGGGGUUGGGGCUGACUCUGGACCUAUACGUUGGAGGGCCUAGGUAUAGUGUAGCCAACAAGCGAAGAGAAUGCCUAGUAAAGUACCUGUUGGGGUAGGCAUAAAAACUGUUACUGCAGUGGGCUAAAUCAGGGUCACACAGAGAACAAAUCUACUUUGAAACAAAAGUAUACACCUCACACACAUUGUCAUGGGCUUAAAGAAGAGAAGAUACCUGUACUCUGUCAGAUAUAGAGUGGAAAUGUAUUCAAUUUUGAGUUUGCAUCCCAAUAUUACACUUUAUAAACAUCACAGAAGACUGAAAUAUAACAAAACUGUUUCACAUUGAAACACCAGAUUUGUGUUUUUUUAAAUGUUUAUGAAGUUUAUUAAUUAAGAGUCUAUUGAUGCACCCGCGCGUCAAUCUAAGUAACAUAAUACAACACUCCCCAUCAAAAUCUGUCAGUUUAAGCUAGAGAUAUCAGUAUAGAGAUAUCAGUAUAGAGAUAUCAGUAUAGAGAUAUCAGUAUAGAGAUAUCAGUCUCAAUCCAAUGCUUCCACAUCUGCGGUGGAAGGUGGCUGAGCUACAGCGAUGUUUGUCAGACCAUGAGACAUGCCGAAAAUCUGUCUUCUCAUGAAAACAUCUGUACUGUCCGAACAGUUUGGCACGAUGGUGUUUUUGCUCUAUGACCCACACAAGGGUCGUGGGACUCGUCUGAAGGUAACCCAUACAAAUGAAUGGAAGUAGUUUUGUGGCAAAUAAUAAGGGGUUAAAUAUGUGUACCAAAAAAUAUAUAGAUAUAUAUACAGUGCAUUCGGAAAGUAUUCAAACCCCUUCACUUUUUCCAAAUUUUAUUAAUUUACAGCCUUAUUCUAAAAUGGAUUAAAUAGUUUUUUACAUAAGUAUUCAGACCCUUUACUCAGUACUUUGUUGAAUAACCUUCUUGGGUAUGAUGCUACAAGCUUGGCAUACCUGUAUUUGGGGAGUUUCUUCCAUUCUUCUCUGCAGAUCCUCUCAAGCUCUGUCAGGUUGGAUGGGGAGCGUUGAGUUGCACCUCCUUUAGCCUUCAGAACAGCCUCAAUUCGUCGAGGCAUGGACUCUACAAGGUGUCCAAAGCCUUCCACAGGGAUGCUGGCCCAUGUUGACUCCAAUGCUUCCCACAGUUGUGUCAAGUUUGCUGGAUGUCCUUUAGGAUGUCCUUUAUUCUUGAUACACAUGGGAAACUGUUGAGCGUGAAAACCCUAGCAGCGUUGCAGUUCUUGACACAAACCAGUGCGCCUGACACCUGCUACCAUACCCCGUUCAAAGGCACUUAAAUCUCUUGCCCAUUCACCCUCUGAAUGGCACACUCACACAAUUUACAUUUACAUUUUAGUCAUUUAGCAGACACUCUUAUCCAGAGCGACUUACAGUUAGUGAGUGCAUACAUUUUCAUACUGGCCCCCCGUGGGAAAAGAACCCACUGGCGUUGCAAGUGCCAUGCUCUACCAACUGAGCUACAGCGGACUACACAAUCCAUGUCUCAAUUGUCUCAAGGCUUAAAAUUCCUUCUUUAACCUGUCCCCCCCCCCCUCAUCUACAAUGAUUGAAGUGGACUUAACAAGUGACAUCAAUAAGGGAUCAUAGUUUUCACCUGGAUUCACCUGGUCAGUCUAUGUCAUGGAAAGAGCAGGUGUUCUUAAUGUUUUGUAUACUCAGUGUUCAUGCCCCAGCAGCACAGCUCUAGGGUCUGUACACCCCCUGUGGCUCAUGUUUCCUGGCCUUCCACACUGUCAGGAACCCUUUCCUGCAGUCAAGCACAUACCCCAACCAGAAGCCAUGGAUUACAGGCAACAUCCGCACUGAGUUAAAGGUUAGAGCUGCCGCUUUCAAGGAGCGGGACUCUAACCCGGACGCUUAUAAGAAAUCCCGCUAUGCCCUCCGAUGAACCAUCAAACAGGCAAAGAGUCAAUACAGGACUAAGAUUGAAUCGUACUACACCGGCUCUGAUGCUCGUCGGAUGUGGCAGGGCUUGAAAACUAUUACAGACUACAAAGGGAAGCACAGCCGCGAGCUGCCCAGUGACACAAGCCUACCAGACGAGCUAAAUCACUUCUAUGCUCGCUUCGAGGCAAGCAACACUGAAGCAUGCAUGAGAGCAUCAGCUGUUCCGGAUGACUGUGUGAUCACGCUUUUUGUAGCCGAUGUGAGUAAGACUUUUAAGCAGGUCAACAUUCACAAGGCCUCAGGGCAUGCGCUGACCAACUGGCAAGUGUCUUCACUGACAUUUUCAACAUGUCCCUGACUGAGUCUGUAAUACCAACAUGUUUCAAGCAGACCACCAUAGUCCCUGUGCCCAAGAACACUACGAUAACUUGCCUAAAUGACUACCGAACCGUAGCGCUCACGUCUGUAGCCAUGAAGUGCUUUGAAAGGUUGGUCAUGGCUCACAUCAACACCAUUAUCCCAGAAACCCUAGACCCCACUCCAAUAUGCAUACCGCCCCAACAGAUCCACAGAUGAUGCAAUCUCUAUUGCACUCCACACUGCCCUUUCCCACCUGGACAAGAUGAACACCUACGUGAGAAUGCUAUUCAUUGACUACAGCUCAGCGUUCAACACCAUAGUGCCCUCAAAGCUCAUCACUAAGCUAAGGACCCUGGGACUAAACACCUCCCUCUGCAACUGGAUCCUGGACUUCCUGACGGGCCGCUCCAGGUGGUAAGGGUAGGUAACAACACAUCUGCCACGCUGAUCCUGAAGGGUGUGUGCUCAGUCCCCUCCUGUACUCCCUGUUCACCCAUGACUGCAUGGCCAGGCACGACUCCAACACCAUCAUUAAGUUUGCCGACGACACAACAGUGGUAAGCCUGAUCACUGACAAUGAUGAGACAGCCUAUAGGGAGGAGGUCAGAGACCUGGCCGUGAAGUGGCAGGAUAACAACCUCUCCCUCAAUGUGAUCAAGACAAAGGAGAUGAUUGUGGACUACAGGAAAAAAAAGAGGACUGAGCAUGCUCCCAUUCUCAUUGACGGGGCUGUAGUGGAACAGGUUGAGAGCUUCAAGUUCCUUGGUGUCCACAUCACCAACAAACUAUCAUGGUCGUGAAGAGGGCACGACAAAGCCUAUUCCCCCUCAGGAGACUGAAAAGAUUUGGCAUGGGUCCUCAGAUCCUCAAAAAGUUAUACAGCUGCACCAUAGAGAGCAUCCUGACUGGUUGCAUCACCGCUUGGUAUGGCAACUGCUCGGCCUCCGACCGCAAGGCACGACAGAGGGUAGUGCGUACGGCCCAGUACAUCACUGGGGCCAAGCUUCCUGCCAUCCAGGACUUAUAUACCAGGCGGUGUCAGAGGAAGGCCCUAAAAAUUAUAAAAGACUCCAGCCACCCUAGUCAUAGACUGUUCUCUCUGCUACCGCACGGCAAGCGGUACUGGAGCACCAAGUCUAGGUCCAAAAGGCUUCUUAACAGCUUUUACCCCCAAGCCAUAAGACUCCUGAACAGCAAAUUUGAAAUUACCUAGUGGCCUCAUGGGUGGAAUGUUAUUAAUAUUUUUCAUAAUUCCAUAAUUUAUAAUUAAUUAACCUUUAAAAGUCUAUGCAGUUGGGGGGGGGGGGGGGGGAUCCGUGUUGUCUUGGCUGUGUGCUUAGGGUAAUUGUCCUGUUGGAAGGUGAACCUUCGACCCAGUCUGAGGUCCUGAGUGCUCUGGAGCAGGUUUUCAUCAAGGAUCUCUCUGUACUUUGCUCCGUUAAUCUUCCCCUCGAUCCUGACUAGUCUCCCAGUCCUUUGGCACUGAAAAACAUCCCCACAGCAUGAUGCUUCCACCACCAUGCUUCACUGUAGGGAUGGUGCCAGGUUUCCUCCAGACGUGACACUUGGCAUUCAGGCCAAAGUGUUCAAUCAUGGUUUCAUCAGACCAGAGAAUCUUGUUUCUCAUGGUCUGAGAGUCCUUUAAGUGCCUUUUGGCAAACUCCAAGCGGGCUGUCAUGUGCCUUUUACUGAGGAGUGUCUUCCGUCUGGCCACUCUGCCAUAAAAGCCUGAUUGGUGGAGUGCUGCAGAGAUGGUUAUCCUUCUGGAAGGUUCUCCCAUCUCCACAGAGGAACUCUGGAGCUCUGUCAGAGUGACCAUCGGGUUCUUGGUCACCUCCCUGACCAAGGCCCUUCUCCCCCGAUUGCUCAUUUUGGCCGGGUGGCCAGCUCUAGGAAGAGUCUUGGUGAUUCCAAACUUCUUCCAUUUCAGAAUGAUGGAGGCCACUGUGUUCUUGGGGACCUUCAAUGCUGCAGAAAUGUUUUGGUACCCUUCCCCAGAUCUGUGCCUCAACACAAUCCUGUCUCGGAGCUCCAUGGACAAUUCCUUCGACCUCAUGGCUUAGUUUUUGUUCUUACAUGCACUGUCAACUGUGGGACCUUAUAUAUACAGGUGUGUGCCUUUCCAAAUCAUGUCCAAUCAAUUGAAUUUACCACAGGUGGACUCCAAUCAAGUUGUAGAAACAUCAAAAAAAUUAUCAAUGGAAACAGAAUGCACCUGAGCUCAAUUUCGAAGUCUCAUAGCAAAGGGUCUGAAUACUUAUGGUUGUUUUUUUUAUACAUUUGCCAAAAUUUCUACUAACCAGUUUUCGCUUUGUCAUUAUGGGGUAUUGUGUGUAGAUUGAUGAGGAUUUGUUUUUAUUUAAUCCAUUUUAGAAUAAGGCUGUAAUGUAACAAAAUGUGGAAAAGGUCAAGGGGUCUGAAUACUUCCCGAAAGCACUGUAUAUAUAACAAUCUUUCUGUCUCUCUCUCUCUCUUUCUGUCCUGCCCUCCUCCUUUCUCCCUAGUGGUCGCAAUGGGAAGAUGCGCGUCCUCUCCUUCAAGACGGGACUGGUGAGCCUGUGCAAUGCGGAUGUUCAGGAGAAGUAUAAAUGUAAGUAUGAGACCCGUUCAUGUAGACAUCACAGCACUGCAGCCCCCUAAAUAAGGACAAAAACAAACCAGCCUGAUUGCAAGCAUUACAUGAAGACAACCACUUAGCCUAAUGGAGGAAAUUACUCUGCUGUAUAAUAAUGUAGAAAGGCUCUGUCUCUCUCUCUCUCGCUCUCUCUCUCUCGCUCUCUCUCUCGCGCUCUCUCUCUCUCUCUCGGUGCGCUCUCUCUUCCCUCUCUCUCGCUCUCUCUCUCUCUCUCUCUCUCUCUCUCCUCUCUCUCUCUCUCUCUCUCUCCUCUCUCUCUCCGGUCUCUCUCUCUCUCUCUCUCCCUCUCUCUCUCUCCUCUCUCCUCCUCAGCUCUCUCCUCUCUCCUCUCGUCUCUCUCUCUCUCGGUGUGCUCUCUCUCUCUCUCUCUCUCUCUCUCUGUUCAAAGUACAUAGGGCUUUUAAGCAGAGAGAAGACACUAUGGUAGAGAGAAGACCCACACUCACCACACUCAGCUCUCUCUCUGGGCCCCUCUGGCUUCCCUUUUCGAUUUUCAAUUAUGCUCUAAUAUUUCACUGGUGGCCAGCUCAAGGGAAGUAAAACCAUUUUACAGCUUCUUUGUAACCACAUUUUACGACACAGCCUUUUAAAUAUGUGAAGAAGAGGGGGAGGAGAGAGAAUGAGCGCUGUCAUCCAUAGUGAGAGACCUGGAACAGAAAGUCACGGGAUACAAGACUUUAGCCCCAGCAGGUCAGGGCAGGCCCACUGUCAGUUGGCACACCAUCUGUGACAGCUCGUAAAAAUUGAUUGACAGAUUUUGAGUCUUUUGUUAUGGCCGACAAAGCAGGAAAGGCAUGCCCCUGGAUGCUUGUGAGGGUAGAGGGGAGCAGUGAUGCCAGCCAUGCCAGUUUGUCCCAGUGAUUGAUCACACAUUUUGUCUCCUAAGCUCAGAGGAGAGAUGAUACCUGAUUAUGCUAGUAAACAACGGGCACAUCUGGUGAAUGAGUGAACGUGGCAGCGUGGCAGUAUGGCAGACACAGUGUUUUUGUGUGUGUGUGUGUGUUUGUGUGUGUGUGUGUGUGCGCAUGAGUGUGUUCAAGGGUUCCACAUUACUAGGGUAGAGAGGCUGACGACGUGUGUGUGUGUGUGUGUGGGGUAGAGGCUGACAUUAUCAGACUGUUUAACAUGCAGGUGUCAGUGUCUUCUACUCCCUCCUGAGUCAUGUGCAUGGGAGAGGCAGGCAGGCUGGGGCUGGUGCUAUUUAUAAUGGCAUUGUGCAGCACCUUCACACAGCUGUCAGUAUCCAUCUCCUCAGUGACAGGCAGAGUCACGACUCGCAGAUGAAGGCCCCUUUCAGAGCCUGACGAGGCAGCGAGCACUAAUGCAGCCCGUUGUCUGCAAUUAGAUCAACACGGUUGCCCCUCCUCUCUCUCUCUCUCUCUCUCUCUCUCUCUCUCUCUACUGUAGCUCUCUCUCUCCCAACAGACCUAGAUACAGUCAGAGGGAAAUAUCGGCCACACACAUAGAGAAACACUGAGAACAUGGAUGUGGGUACAUACAGUGCAUUGGUAAAGUAUUCAGACCCCUGGACUUUUUCCACAUUUUGUUACGUUACAGCCUUAUUCUAAAAUGGAUUAAACAGUUUUUUUCCCUCAUCAAUCUACACACAAUACCCCAUAAUGACAAAGCAAAUGUAUUAAAAACAGAAAACUGAAAUAUCACAUUUACAUAAGUAUUCAGACCCUUUACUCAGUACUUUGUUGAAGCACCUUUUGGUAUGACGCUACAAGCUUGGCACACCUGUAUUUGGGGAGUUUCUCCCAUUCUUCUCUGCAGAUUCUCUCAAGCCGUGUCAGGUUGGAUGGGGAGCGUCGCUGCACAGCUAUUUUCAGGUCUCUUCACAGAUGUUAGAUUGGGUUCAAGUCCGGGCUCUGGCUGGGCCACUCAAGGACAUUCAGAGUCUUGUCCUGAAGCCACUCCUGCGUUGUCUUGGCUGUGUGCUUAGGGUCAUUGUUCUGUUGGAAGGUGAACCUUCGCCCCAGUCUGAGGUCCUGAGCGCUAUGGAGCAGGUUUUCAUCAAGGAUCUCUCUGUACUUUGCUCCGUUAAUCUUUCCCUCGAUCCUGACUAGUCUCCCAGACCCUGCCACUGAAAAACAUCCCCACAGCAUGAUGCUGCCACCACCAUGCUUCAACGUAGGGAUGGUGCCAGGUCUCCUCCAGAUGUGACGCUUGGCGUUCAGGCCAAAGAGUUUAAUCUUGGUUUCAUCAUACCAGAGAAUCUUGUUUCUCAUGGUCUGAGAGUCCUUUAGGUGCCUUUUGGCAAACUCCAAGCGGGCUGUCAUGUGCCUUUUACUGAGGAGUGGCUUCCUUCUGGCCACUCUACCAUAAAGGCCUGAUUGGUGGAGUGCUGCAGAGAUGGUUAUCCUUCUGGAAGGUUCUCCCAUCUCCACAGAGGAACUCUGGAGCUCUGUCUGAGUGAUGUGGAAAAAGUCAAUGUGGAAAAAGUGAAGAGAUCUGAAUACUUUCCGAAUGCACUGUAUGCAUAGGUGUGAAUAGUAGAUGCACUGUAUGCAUAGGUGUGAAUAGUAGAUGUAAUAUACGCUCAUUCACACAAACAGACAUACUGUAUACACACACAGGCUUAGAUACUACACAUUACACACAGGCUUAGAUACUACACAUUACACACAGGCUUAGAUACUACACAUUACACACAGGCUUAGAUACUACACAUUACACACAGGCUUAGAUACUACACAUUACACACAGGCUUAGAUACUACACAUUACACACAGGCUUAGAUACUACACAUUACACACAGGCUUAGAUACUACACAUUACACAUGGGUGAACAUAGUGUCACACACACACACACAUAGUAUUAACCCGAUAUGUUUUGUCAGACCUGUUCAGGCAGGUGUCUGGUCCAGGGGGUCUGACAGACCAGCGUUACCUCAGUAUGCUGCUCUAUGAAGCCAUCCAGAUCCCCCGACAGCUGGGAGAGGUGGCCGCCUUCGGAGGGAGCAACGUGGAGCCCAGUGUACGCAGCUGCUUCCGCAUGGUGAGAUAACUACACACACACACGCACACACACACACACACACACACAGACAGACACACAGACAGACAGACACACACACACGCGCAGGCUGCAAACACAUACAUACGUACACGCAGGCAGGCAGGCACGCACGCAGACACCACGCAAUUUCUCAAGCCAGAAUUUUGCUUGGACUGUCUGGGAGUGGUCUGCGUGAGCUGUUAUUGGCAGAGAGAUUUGAAAUUCUAUUUGUUAUUGGAGAUGUCACCAGGCAGUCCAAAACUGUAUCUCACCAAAACAGGCUGAGAUUUCAGGGGGUCUUUUCAAACAGCUCUUACACUAAAAGGGCAUAAUCAUAAUUUUCACAAUUUCACAGUAUUAUUCCACAGUAUAUAUGGGAAUAUAUAUAAAAUCUAGUUUUUGACUGCACUGGGCCUUUAAGCAUUAUAAAUGUGCUUACAAUGCACUAUGUGCGGGGCAUUGAUCGUGUUACUGAUGCAAUUAUUCAUUCUGAGUGAAAUCCUGUGUGAACCAAUGUGGUCUGUGGACAUGUUUUUAAGGAUAUUUGUGAAAUUAAUCGGGUUUAAAAGACUGUGUUGGGGGAACCAUAUAACAUUAUUUUAAAGUUUUACAGUUAGCAGAUGGAGACAUGGAAGAACUGUCAACAACACUUCUGUUGCUGAGGGCAUUGCCAUUCCCACUCUCAAACAUGGGGGUUCAGCUUUUUGAAAUCCCGCCUCGUGGCAUUUAGCUCAGGAGAUAAAUGUAUUUAUAAAGCAGUCCCUUUAGUUAUAGGUUUGGGACAAGUAGGGACUAGGUUUUUGGGAGUUGGCUUUUUUAAAAACUUUCUAAAACCCCUAAUUCUUCACUUUUUUACAGCCAACCCUUAAUUAAAUCUCGCUCGAUUCCCAUCCAUGCUUCUGAUAUCAGCCUGUUUGUCAAGUCUAUUUGCUUUAUGUCAAGUCUUUUAUGAGCAGAUUUCAUUAUCAGUGUAGUGCCAAUCAGAAGUGCCCAAAUAAACAAUUUAUCAAGUUGGCAUGGUAAUGAAGUCAAAGUGAGGGGAUGACGUGCGCUAGCUCCUCUUGUGGGUGUAGGGUGUAGCGGAGAGGUGUAGCGGAGUCAUUGAUGACAUAGGGGCAGAUGGGUUUGGCUCUACAUGGAGGAUGGCAGGAUCAGAGGGAGGGAGGGAGUUACACUACAGUAAGCAUGCUGUGAUGUGGCCCUCCAUGCUCUGUAUGUAUAGAGAGACCAGUCUGUUGUACUCUGUGAGGCCAUGGAGAGUGUAAGUUGUGUGUGUUUUGUGUGUCGUGGCUUUGUGUAGUCAGUGUGUCCAGUUCUAAUAGUUAUUGAAACUGUGGACAGUCAGUGGGUCCAGUUCUAAUAGUUAUUGAUACUGUGGACAGUCACUGUGUCCAGUUCUAAUAGCUAUUGAUACUGUGGACAGUCCGUGGGUCCAGUUCUAAUAGUUAUUGAAACUGUGGACAGUCCGUGGGUCCAGUUCUAAUAGCUAUUGAUACUGUGGACAGUCAGUGGGUCCAGUUCUAAUAGCUAUUGAUACUGUGGACAGUCACUGUGUCCAGUUCUAAUAGUUAUUGAUACUGUGGACAGUCAGUGUGUCCAGUUCUUAUAGUUAUUGAUACUGUGGACAGUCAGUUUGGAUGUGGCCAGAACAAUCCAUAUAUCCAGUGCAGUGUACUAGGUGUGUUCAGUAUGUACUCAGUGUGUUCAGUAUGUUGAAACAUUUGUCCCCCCACAAUCAGAGCUGGCGACUGAACCAUAGAGCAGAAAGGAGAGGAGAGUUGAGGAGAGGAGAGUUGAGGAGAGGUGAGCAGGGCAGAGAAAAGAGCAGAGAGGAGAGGAGCGGUUGAGUUGAGGAGAGGAGAGUUGAGAAGAGUUGAGGAGAGCUGAGGAGAGCUGAGGAAAGUUGAGGAGACUUGAGGAGAGGUGAGCAGGGCAGGGCAGAGAAAAGAGCAGAGAGGAGCGGUUGAGUUGAGGAGAGGAGAGAAGAGCUGAGGAGAUGGGAGGAGAGGAGUGCUGAGGAGAUGAGAGUUGAGGAGAGUUUAGGACAGGAGAGUUGAGGGGAAGAGAGGAGAUUUGAGGAGAAUAGAGGAGAGGAGAGAAAAAUGUGAUGAGUGUGAUUAGAAGGAGUCAGGCGCAGGAGGGUAAAUCACAGAAUACAGAGUUUAUUCCGUCGUACACAGUUGCGCUGGAUAGCGACAACAAAAUACAGGCACAAGGGAACAAGCUACCCCGGCAAUACAAGGUACAGGUAGCUCCAACAAAAUACAGGCAUAGGGAAAUAAUCUACCCUGGCAACACAAGAAAUGAGUAGCUCCACCGAGAUACACUCAACUCACAUAAAACAAUCACCCACAAGGACAAGGGGGCAGAGGGAAUACAUACACAGACUAAUGAGGGGAUAUGAACCAGGUGUGACAAGACAAAUGGAAUGAUGAUAUAUGGAGCGGCAGUGGCUAGUAAGCCGGUGACGACGAACGCCGAAGCCUGCCCGAACAAGGAGGGGAGGCAGCCUCGGCGGAAGUUGUGACAGUACCCCCCCUUGACGCGCAGCUCCAGCAGCGCGCCGACCCCGGCCUCGGGGAGCAGGGCGAGCCGGAUGGCGACGGUGGAAAUCCCGCAACAGGGAGGGAUCGAGGAUAUCCCUCACCGGGACCCAGCACCGUUCCUCCGGACCGUACCCCUCCCACUCCACGAGGUACUGAAAGCCCCCCACCCGACGCCUCGAAUCCAGGAUGGAGCGGACAGAGUACACCGGGGACCCCUCGAUGUCCAGAGGAGGUGGAGGGACCUCCCGCACCUCAGACUCCUGGAGCGGAACAGCCACCACCGGCCUGAGGAGAGACACAUGAAAUGAGGGGUUAAUAUGAUAAUCAGGGGGAAGUAAUAACCUAUAGGUGACCUCGUUGAUUCUCCUCAGGACUUUGAACGGCCCCACAAACCGCGGGCUCAGCUUCCGGCAGGACAGGCGGAAGGGCAGAUUCUGGAUCGAGAGCCAGACCCGAUCCCCCGGUACGAAGACCGGGGCCUCACCAUGGCAAGAACACCGACCACUCCCCCGGCCGGUCCUGGCAGUAGGACCGCAGGAACCUACCCACAUCCUGAUUUACCCGUUCCACCUGCCCAUUAGAGUCGGGGUGGAACCCAGAGGUCAGGCUGACAGAGACCCCCAGAUGUUCCAUGAACGCCUUCCAGACCCUGGAUGUGAACUGGGGACCUCGGUCAGACACUAUAUCCUCUGGUACCCCGUAGUUCCGGAAGACGUGUGUAAACAGGGCCUCCGCAGUUUGCAGAGCUUUGGGGAGACCGGGCAGAGGAAGGAGGCGGCAGGCCUUGGAAAAGCGGUCCACAACGACCAGGAUGGUGGUGUUACCUUGGGAGAGGGGAAGAUCAGUCAGGAAAUCAACACUUAGGUGAGACCAUGGUCGUUGUGGAACUGGUAAAGGUUGUAACUAACCCGCUGGGAGGUGCCUAGGUGCCUUAAUCUGGGCGCAAACCGAGCAGGAGGAGACAUAUCAACCUCCUGUUUAUGUAUUUGUGCUUUUAACAGAGUUCUUCCAGGGUAACUUUAAGGGAAUAUGUAAUUACCUACUAAUAAGAACACUUAAGGAAAACUGUGAUAAAUAAAAAAGUAUAUCAGUUUCAUUUAAGGACCAAAGGAUUGACAGCCGUCCCAUUGUCAGGGCGUCAGUGUAAUGCAGUAGGCGAAGUCAGGCGCAGGACACAGAGCUAAUCAAAAGGCGUACUUUACUCGAAGGUAAAAGAAAGAACAACAACCUCCACGCAGGGAGGGAACAAACCCGCAUACUAACGACAACCGAAACAUGAACAAACACACACAACACACAGUGUGAGACAGAGGGUUAUAUAGGGAAGACAUAACUACAUAAUGGGAAACAGGUGUGACCAAUAAAGACAAAACAAGUUGAACAUAGAUACAUGGAUCGGUAGCAGCUAGUACUCCGGUGACGACGAACGCCGAAGCCUGCCCGAGCAAGGAGGAGGGGCAGCCUCGGCUGAAUCCAUGACACCCAUAUAGAUUUCAAAAUAGUUGGGAAGAGAUUUUUGACGUACCGAUCCAAUGGCAUAGUGUUUAUGAACUGAUACGCAAAACGACACCGGAUUCAAAAUUUAGAAUCUUUCAAUUUAAAUUAUUAUAUAAAAUUCUUGCUACCAAUACAACGUUAUUUAUAUGGGGGAUACAAUCUUCCCAGCUCUGCAGAUUUUGCUGCGAAGAGACAGAAUCAUUAGAUCAUUUGUUUUGGUACUGUCCAUUUGUAGCUUGCUUUUGGACACAUUUACAUUACAUUUACGUCAUUUAGCAGACGCUCUUAUCUAGAGCGACUUACAGUUAGUGAAUACAUUAUUCUUUUUUUAUACUGGCCCCCCGUGGGAAUCGAACCCACAACCCUGGCGUUGCAAACACCAUGCUCUACCAACUGAGCUACCUCCCUGCCGGCCAUUCCCUCCCCGCCGGCCAUUCCCUCCCCUACCCUGGGCCAAUUGUGCGCCGCCCCAUUGGUCUCCCGGUUGUGGCCGGCUACAGCAGAGCCUGGAUUCGAACCACUUGGGAGGCGCAGUGGUCCAGGAAUGGCUAAAGGAUUGCAAUAUUUACCUGGAGCUAACCUUGCAGAUAGAAAAGUCAUAGUCAAUCGAUCAAUAAUAUAAUAAUACUUUUAGCAAAAAUGUUUAUUUUCAAUUCACAAUCUGUAGAAACAAUGAGAAUAGAAAGGUUCAGAACUUUUGUAAGACAUCACAGUACAGUUGAAAUAUAUAUGGCAAAUAGAAAUCCUAUAUGGAUGGUGUUAAGAGAUAGAUGGGUGGUGUUGAAUGGAAUUGAAGGAUGGUACUAAUAACAACUAACAACAAAUAAUAACAAGAUAACUAAUAAUGUAAGCAUACUGUGUCCAUAAUAAGUAUAUAGGUUGUAAAAUGAUCGGAGAGGUUGAGAGUAGAAGAACUUCAGGAGAAAAAACAAACAAAAUAUAAUUAUUGUAAAAUUGACUGUGUCCAUAAAAUGUAGAUAGUAAGUAUAAGCUGGAAGUAGAGGCCUAAGCAUUGUUGUUCACUAGUUUACUCCAAGUAGGGAAAGGGUGGCGGGGUUGGAAAGUAAUAAAGGGGAAUAUAUAUUUUUUUAAAGGAUAAGUAUGUGUAUGUAUGUACGUAUGUAUGUAUGUGUGUAUGUAUGUGUGUGUGUGUAUAUAUGUAUGUAUGUGUGUAUGUAUGUGUGUGUGUGUAUAUAUGUAUGUAUAUAUGUAUAUAUAUAUAUAUAUAUAUAUAUAUCUAUAUAUAUAUAUAUAUAUAUAUAUAUAUAUAUGUAUGUGUAUGUGUAUAUACACUGCUCAAAAAAAUAAAGGGAACACUAAAAUAACAUCCUAGAUCUGGAUGAAUGAAAUAAUCUUAUUAAAUACUUUUUUCUUUACAUAGUUGAAUGUGCUGACAACAAAAUCACACAAAAAUUAUCAAUGGAAAUCAAAUUUAUCAACCCAUGGAGGUCUGGAUUUGGAGUCACCCUCAAAAUUAUAGUGGAAAACCACACUACAGGCUGAUCCAACUUUGAUGUAAUGUCAUUAAAACAAGUCAAAAUGAGGCCUCCACAUGCCUGUAUGACCUCUCUAAAACAACUGGGCAUGCUCCUGAUGAAGUGGCGGAUGGUCUCCUGAGGGAUCUCCUCCCAGACCUGCCAACUCCUGGACAGUCUGUGGUGCAACUUGGCGUUGGUGGAUGGAGUGAGACAUGAUGUCCCAGAUGUGCUCAAUUGGAUUCAGGUCUGGGGAACGGGCGGGCCAGUCCAUAGCAUCAAUGCCUUCCUCUUGCAGGAACUGCUGACACACUCCAGCCACAUGAGGUCUAGCAUUGUCUUGCAUUAGGAGGAACCCAGGGCCAACCGCACCAGCAUAUGGUCUCACAAGGGGUCUGAGGAUCUCAUCUCGGUUCCUAAUGGCAGUCAGGCUACCUCUGGCGAGCACAUGGAGGGCUGUGCGGCCCCCCAAAGAAAUGCCACCCCACACCAUGACUGACCCACCGCCAAACCGGUCAUGCUGGAGGAUGUUGCAGGCAGCAGAAUGUUCUCCACGGCGUCUCCAGACUCUGUCACGUGCUCAGUGUGAACCUGCUUUCAUCUGUGAAGAGCACAGGGCGCCAGUGGUGAAUUUGCCAAUCUUGGUGUUCUCUGGCAAAUGCCAAACGUCCUGCACGGUGUUGGGCUGUAAGCACAACCCCCACCUGUGGACGUCGGGCCCUCAUACCAUCCUCAUGGAGUCUGUUUCUGACCGUUUGAGCAGACACAUGCACAUUUGUGGCCUGCUGGAGGUCAUUUUGCAGGGCUCUGGCAGUGCUCCUCCUGCUCCUCCUUGCACAAAGGCGGAGGUAGCAGUCCUGCUGCUGGGUUGUUGCCCUCCUACGGCCUCCUCCAUGUCUCCUGAUGUACUGGCCUGUCUCCUGGUAGCGCCUCCAUGCUCUGGACACUACGCUGACAGACACAGCAAACCUUCUUGCCACAGCUCGCAUUGAUGUGCCAUCCUGGAUGAGCUGCACUACCUGAGCCACUUGUGUGGGUUGUAGACUCCGUCUCAUGCUACCACUAGAGUGAAAGCACCACCAGCAUUCAAAAGUGACCAAAACAUCAGCCAGGAAGCAUAGGAACUGAGAAGUGGUCUGUGGUCACCACCUGCAAAACCAGUCCUUUAUUGGGGGGUGUCUUGCUAAUUGCCUAUAAUUUCCACCUGUUGUCUAUUCCAUUUGCACAACAGCAUGUGAAAUGUAUUGUCAAUCAGUGUUGCUUCCUAAGUGGACAGUUUGAUUUCACAGAAGUGUGAUUGACUUGGAGUUACAUUGUGUUGUUUAAGUGUUCCCUUUAUUUUUUUGAGCAGUGUAUAUAUAUAAAUGGGGGUUUGGAAGUGAUGCAGACAAUUAAUUGAUGGAAGUUACAAUCUAUCUGUAAUAUUAAGCUGAUCUACCCCCCAAAAAAUAAAAAAUAAAAGAAGAAGAAGAAGAAGAACCCUAUGGAACUACAGGUAGUUUAAUUGUACUGCAUAACUGUAAUGGAUAGUAGCAUUUUACACACAAACAAACAGGAGAAAAAACAAGCACAAGUUACUCAGGUAUAAUGUUUCCCAUGUUCUUCCUCCCGUAGGCCCCAGGGAAGCCAGCCAUCGAGGUAUCUCAUUUCCUGGAGUGGAUGAGCCUGGAGCCCCAGUCAGUAGUGUGGCUGGCUGUUCUACAGCGUGUGGCUGUGGCCGAGUCAGCCAAGCACCAGGCCAAGUGUUACAUCUGUAAACAGUGCCCCAUCAAGGGAUUCAGGUGGGUCUAUUGUACCUCUAUCAGAGAUUAAGAAAGGUGGAUGUAACACACAUAGACACACACACACACAUACACACAGAGAGCCUUGAAUUCAACAACAUCAUGGAUGAGGAUAGAGCUAUUACUAGGGCCUCUCUAAUGUUACUGACUGUGAUAUAAUUGUCCGUUCUGCUGAUCUGUCCUGACAGGUACCGCAGUCUUAAACAAUUCAAUGUGGACAUCUGCCAGACGUGCUUCCUCACAGGACGCACAACCAAGGGAAAGAAGCAGCUCCAAUACCCCAUCAUGGAGUACUAUACCCCAGUAAGAAGGGGUACUACACCCAGGCUGCCUCCCACAUGUCACCCAAUUAAAGGUCAAAAGUAGUGAACUAUGUAGGAAAUAGGGUGCCAUUUCAGACACAGCCCGCAAUAUGCUCUACACUUCCCUCUUAAAGAGGCAAUCUGCAGUUUAAACAAUAACAAAGUGGCCACCCCUCCAUUGUUUCGGUCAACAGCUGAGGGUUGGGGCUGGAGAUAUGUAACCACUCUCAAAUUCAUAGACAGAGCUAUGGAUGCAAGGAUUGACCGUCCAUGAUAUCAAAAUUAUAGUUUAAAAUGACACAUUGGUUUCCUUACCUUGUAAGCAUUCAAGUCAUGGGACAGAUAUUAGCAUUUUUCGUGCAUCAUGUCCAAAUCAUCCGAAAGUAUCUCAAAUUGAUUGUGAAGCUCAACAAAGUAACUUGUAGACGUUUGAACAUGAUGCGUGAAAAAUGCCCCGGUCCCAUGUCUUGAAUGGGAUUUGUGCCACAAAUGCUAAAACUUUAGCAUGUGAAAACAGUGCCAAGGGAACUAAACCAAAUCAUUGAUUGCUGUCAUACCUUGACUGCUUACAGGGUAAGGAACCAAUAUGCCAUUUAGUAAUUUGGGUGUACUAUCCCUUUAACCAUGUUUGUAGGCUAUACAUUGUUUGCGUACAAUGAAGUAAGACACACUUAUACUGUGGGUUCUGAUAGGGUUAGACAGUUGAACUAAGUCCAUGAGGCAUUUAUAAGUUAUAUUCUUCAAAAAUCAAUGGGCAAUAAUAAUUAAUUUAACAGUCCAGAAAUGGAUAUAGCAAUUGCAGAUUGCUCCUUUAAGAGAGUGCACAAAGAGGAUGUCACACUAGCACUCUACUUCAACUCCAAUCAAUGCGAGGCUGUGAGAUAUGGCAGGGAGACAUGUGCCAAAUCAUUUCUCCCAGGGCAGUAUUUCAACCAGGGGAAGGUUUAAGUGGAGCUAAGCUGGAGUUUUUCACCUGGGCUCUGACUCCUAUGCUGCUGGGUUGUAUGAUGGAGUGGAGGUGGGUAGGCCAGUGAGGUCCGAGGGAGAUAGAGGGAGAUAGAAUACUGGACUAGCCGUAGGGCACUAUCAGAAAGUUUAGUUAAAGACAAGGCUAUCUAGGGAAUGUUGGCUAGCUGUGUGUUUGUGUUUGUGUGUGUGUGUGUGUGUGUGUGUGCAUGCGCGCGUGUGUGUGUGUGUGUGUGUCCCUGCGUGCACGCGUAUGUGCAUGCAUGUGCAGUAUGGAGAAUUCUAAAGUGGUUCACUUUGUCUUCCUGUCCUCCCACUACUCCUCCACCCCCCCCCAUCCUCCUCUCCUCCAUCCCCAUCCCCCUCUCCUCCACCACCCCCUUCCCCCUCUCCUCUCUUCCACUCCAUCCCCAUCCCCCUCUCCUCUCCUUCACCCCCCAUCCCCCUCUCCUCUCCUCCACCCCCUCAUCCCCCUCUCCUCCACUCAUCCCCAUCCCCCUCUCCUCUCCUCUCCUCCACCCCUUCCCCCCUCAUCUCCCUCUCCUCUCCUCCACCCCCUCCCUCCCUCCCCUCAUCCCCCACUCCUCUCCUCCAUUCCGGUCCCUUCAUCUAAAUCAUGUGGCAGACCACCUCAGGAGAGAAGAUGCGGGACUUUGCCAAGACGCUGAAGAACAAGUUCCGGUCGAAGCAGUACUUCAGCAAGCACCCCCAGCGGGGCUACCUGCCUGUCCAGUCCGUGCUGGAGGCAGAGAGCUCUGAGACG